GGGCAAUAUGAAAUACGUAUUGUUUUGACUGACGUGAGUCUAUUUAUGUUUUUCUGUAACGGCAUAUACUUUUGAGAAGCACGGCCACGCGCAGUUAUGCAAUGAAAAGUGAAAUUUGCGUCAUCUACAGCUGUCGUCAUAAGCGUAUGAAUAAUACUACGAGCGAGAUGCAAUGGGACUGCGCUAAUCUACCUCAGUGGUCUUUUACAAGAUCCUAGCGAUGUAAUUGGUGUUACUGUUGGUAAGAUUUGUUUACCAUAUUUGGGAAGGUAGUGGCAUAGCUCGAGUGGGAAUUGGACGGGAGCGGCCGUCAUUCAUAAAAAAAUUCUGCCCUCGCGAAUUUAACAAACAAAGCGUUGCAUGACGGGAUAUGUAGUUUUAAUCAUUAAAGAGACAUUUCAACGCGCGCAAUAUUCACGUUGUGUGGUUAAUAUAUGAGUUUCUCUGAUUAAGAUUAGAUCACUUUAGAUUGUAUAAACAAACUCGUAAACAUUCCCAUCGAGUGCUUUGACUUGUGAAUCAAAACAAAGCGGUGUCUUCAGAAACACAACAAACGUGGACUCCCGAGGCAUACAAUUCCCAUGACCCCUGCGCCAAUCUGAUUGGCUCCGCCAUGCUGUCAAUCAUCCGGCGCUCCUUACGCCAGCGCUCCUACAGUAAAUAUUUGUGUUUGCCCAACCGGCUGUAAUGGUGGACGACUGAAAGAGAAAAGCCGAGAGACUACAUCUCAGAAAUCCAAUCCCGGGUGAAACACUAUUGUUCGCGGCUCGGAAACAAACACCGGCGACUAUGGAUGAACUUAAGCAUCAGGUUAUGAUUAACCAGUUCGUCCUGACAGCUGGAUGUGCCGCAGACCAGGCAAAACAGCUUUUGCAAGCGGCACAUUGGCAGUUUGAGACAGCCCUCAGUGCCUUUUUUCAAGAGACAAAUAUUCCUUACGGUCACCAUCAUCAAAUGGGCAGCAGUACAAUGGCCUCGGUGCCACCAGAUGAACAGGACGAGAUAUGGAACUGCCGAUACAGACGACAACAGCUCCAAAACCGGCUUCAGUUCCUCAAGGAGAUCCAGAAGAAGAACAACAGAACACCAGAAGAUUCAAAUACAAGCGAAGAAGGCCCGUCAGAACUAGAAAGAAUCGAGGAAGAGCUGAAGUCUCUGGAGGAAAAAGAGAAAGAGCUUAUUCAGAAAAAAAGCCACAACAAAGUCACAUCAGCCAACGUGAAGUCACCACAAUCCUCAGACAUUGCCAUCCAAGGACUCUAUGUUCUCCCCUUUAAUGCUUCAGAAACUAUUUCUCCCUACGUUCCUCUGGAAGAGGAAGAAACAGAGGAGCCGACAGCUCCAGAACCUGUCGUUCAACAGCCAAAAGCUCCUACUUCAAGUCCAAAUCCAGCUCCAGUGCCCCCAAAGACCACCAAAUUGGAUGACCUCGGCAUUUACCCUUCAACAGUGAAGUGCCCUUCCUGCCAGGGCAUCGUCAUCACUGAUAUAAAAUACAAAGUGGGCAGCAAUUCCUUUCUGUUUUGCUGCAUAUUAUCUGUAGUUGGGUGUGUGGCCGGAUGCUGCUUGGCCCCAUUUUUUAUGGCUCGCUUUAAGGACAUCAUGCACAAAUGUCCAGCCUGCAAAAAAAAGAUCCACGUGGUAGAAAGAUUCUGAGACACUGACCAUGUCAUUUGGUUCCUGAUCUGUGACAGUAUGACUGAAGGUCCCUCAGAAGAGACUGAAGCUGGAUGUUCAUCUUAGUCUUUUGAAUGGGACUAUUCGGGAAAGUCAACAUUUUCUUAAUUGUUGUGCAAACUCAUAGGAAUUCAACUAGUCAAGUGUAUCGAUUGAUAAUUGACUUGAAUUUAACUUCUGUGGUAGUUGCAGAUCUUACAUGCAGGGUCCAACAUUAACACUCGCCAAGGUGGCAAAUAAAAUAUGGAUGGACUCUGGAGUUGGUUGGUAACUUUAUAAAGAACUAGGAUUUUACAAUGCCGAAUUCUUGUCCUUAAAUUUAUUUGGAGUUAAAGAAAGGUAGAGUGGUAUUUCAAGAACACUAAUAUUCAGUAUAAGAGCACUAGGAUGCUUUACUAUUUGUAAACUAUUUACUAUUACCAUCAACUUAAAAAUAUAAGUUUGCACAAAAAAGUUGUGCAAACAUGUGUCAACUAAUAUUUUUAAGCUGAAUUAACUCAUAAUUUUAAGGCAACCAGGUAACCUUUUUAAGUUGAAACAACUUUUAUUUUUAACAGCAUGGCAUUCCAGAGAAGAUCAAGUGAGUGGUGAAGAGUUGUGAUUUUGAUAGCUUCAAAAUUCACAUUCAAUGUAUAUUUUUAAGAGAGAUAUAUGUUUGUACAUUUAUAUAUUUAUUAAAUUGUAUAAAUAUAUAUGUGCAAUGUUAAUAAUCAACUUUAUUUUAAUUAUAAAAUAUAAAAAUGCUUUUUAGACGGGAUGCUAUAAAUGAAAACAAACUAUAUUUUGCCUGCAGAAAAAUGUACACAACCUACAAGUAUAGCUUUAUCUUAUCGAAAACUAACUAUACAGUAGUAGCCCGGUCACCAUUUGCACAGCUGCAUAAUUUUGUGUGAAGCUACUGACAUGUUAGUUAAAAAAAAUCUGUAACUCAAAUAAAAAUAA